CCUCUAAUCCUUGUUUUCUCCCCCUUCAUUUCUAAUAUCCGUGUUACCAUCGGCGUCUGACUUCCUCAGCUAUAAGGUUAGCCAAUCCUCGUUCAACAACAACACCAAUCAUGGCCUUUUCGCAGUCUUCGGCCCUUCAACUGGCGGCCCACGCCUUCGCAACCAUCUUCACUGGCUUUGGCAUUAACGCAAUCCUUCGCCCAACGAACGCCCUGACCUUCUUCGAGUUUGCUCCUCCGGCAUCACCCUCUGAGGCCGGGAUGGUCGAUAGCCUGAUGGCUGUCUAUGGCGUGCGAGACAUCUUCAUGGGCGUAGCGAUCUACGCGGCCGCGCUGUUGGGUACCAAGAGGUCGCUGGGCCUGACGCUCAUCGCCGCAAGCGGUGUUGCCAUCGCGGAUGGGCUGGUUUGCUAUAGCCAUGGCCAAGGACACUGGAACCACUGGGGCUACGCGCCCAUCAUCACCGCCGUUGGCGCCAUGCUGCUCGGCCUCUUUGACGGUGCGAACAAGGCGAAGAAGGCCUAACUGAACCUGAGGCGAAUACUUUGGCUGAUUCAUGUACGUCACAAUACUGCGAGAGAUCUAAUGCAAAUUCCUCAGGUCAGAUCUUUUGGUACUUUGUUAGCC